AAAGAUAACACGAAGAGCAGCCGGGAUUGGUAAGGGGUCAUUGUGCUUCAUAGAAGCUAUGCUGAUGAUUUUCUCAACUUCCACUCUUCCACCAAAUACUUUUUCACCUUAUAAAACUUAUUCAGCAUUUCCCACUGUGGCAACUUUCCUGCCUCAGAAGAAGCAUGUAGUGCUUUGUCGCUCCAGUCACAACAAUAAAGAUGAUGGAGUACAAAAUGGGUACAGUAUUCAUUGCAAGGAGGAAUCCAAACGGAGGUUUCUCUUUCUUUUUUUGUUCUCAACAGGCUUGUUCCCAACUUUAUCUUCUUCUGGGAAGACAAAGAGUAAGAGCCCAUAUGAUGAGAGACGCUUGCUAGAACAAAAUAAACGUAUACAGAGAGAAAAUAAUGCACCCGAUGACUUCCCAAACUUUGUUAGAGAAGGUUUUGAAGUUAAGGUAGUAGCAUCCGAGAGUUACAUAAAGCGUGAUUCAGGACUUAUAUACCGGGAUUUUGAAGUUGGUAAAGGUGAUUGCCCAAAGGCUGGUCAGCAGGUGACCUUCCACUAUGUGGGCUAUAAUGAAUCAGGUCGACGGAUUGAUAGCACCUACAUACAAGGUUCUCCUGCCAAAAUCCGCAUGGGAACUAAGGCAUUGGUUCCAGGAUUUGAGGAAGGAAUUCAAGACAUGAGACCUGGGGGAAAAAGAAGGAUCAUCAUACCUCCAGAACUUGGACCACCAGUGGGACCUUCUACAUUUUUCAGCUCAAAACAGUUUGAAGUGUUCGAUGUGGAAUUGCUUGGGGUUCAGGAUUGUCAAAGGAGGACCAUUGGCUUUUACUCUGAUGUUGUGUGCAGUUGACUGGCUAAUGCUUUCGUUGCCUUUCUCAUCUUUGGAUAUGAAUCAGAGUUUCAAUGAAAAUUCAUGUUUGCUAAUCAGUCAAGAAAUUAUGUCAAGGAAUAUUUUCUUCUCAUUCUCUCGUAUUACUAUUAUUACGAUGAUUUUCUCUCA